AUGCCUAUUUUAUCACUAUCUGCAACACGGGACAGUGUUUUCACAAGAAUAUAUGAUUAUUUUAAGGUGGUAGUGGAACAGGUGAUUGUGCCCAAUGCAACAGACGACAAGUCUUCUAAGAAUACUCUUUUCGAAGAGUUAAAACACGUCAAACAGGACGAUCAUCAAAGAGACAGUUAUGCUGCCAAAAGUAAUGAUGUGGCCGAUACGAGCGAGUUAUUUCCCAGUCAGAAUAACGAACAGUUGAGUCUGACAUCAAAAUCUUCAGUUGUCCCCUGCGCUUUAAAUUUGGAUAACCUGCAAACAGCUUUCUCUAUUGAAACUGAUAAGAAUGGUAUAGUAAGAACAAGGUUGAACCUGGGUGAAGCGAUCUCGCGAGAUUCCGCCAUCGACGAGCCAACCAAGUCGCAAAACGACUUAUUAAGUUCCCCUUUACUCCACGAAUCCUAUAUCAACACUGAUCAGUACAAGGCCCUUUUUCCUUCAAAUUUUCUUCCGAUCACUCCUAUAAGCAGCGUAAUCACCCCUGCAUCUAAAAAAUGUAUUGAUGAGUCCCCUCUAUCUGACGAAAUUCAGGGCACUGCUGAUGAAUCAUCGGAAGCUUUAUCAUACAUAUGCCACUACUGUGAUGCCAGAUUCCGAAUUAGAGGGUACUUAACACGACACAUCAAAAAGCAUGCCAAAAGAAAGGCUUAUCACUGUCCAUUUUUUGAUAAUAGCAUUUCGCAGGAGCUGCGAUGCCAUACUUCCGGCGGGUUCAGUAGAAGAGAUACGUACAAAACACACUUGAAAUCUAGACAUUUCACUUAUCCAGAAGGUGUUAAGCCUCAAGACCGCAAUAAAUCAUCCGGUGCGUGUGCUCAGUGUGGGGAAUACUUCCACACUAGUGAGAGCUGGGUGGAAAACCACAUUGAGGCAGGGAGUUGCAAAGGGUUACCAGAAGGCUACUCUGAGAGGAUACGAGAGAAAAAGAAGACUACUAAAAUGAAAAUGAUAAAGACCUCCGAUGGCCAGACUAGAUUCAUCUCAUCCGAAGAAAGUGCUCCCGUAAAAAGUGCGGCGCUAAGUAACAACACCAUGGAAGCGGCGGUAAUACAUUCGAAAGAACCCCAUAAUCACAAGGGCAUACCAAGAAAAACCCAGAAGAAUAAAAUUGGAGUGGACGCACCUUGGCUCGAACGUAAACAAAUCUCAAAAACCACAGAAACUACACAAUCACAUGAGCCUAUUGACAUCCAAAAUCCUAAGGAGUGGCCAAUUACAUCCCAUCCAAUACUUUCACCUCAAAAUGCGUCUUCUAUAGCUCAGGAAUAUCAAUCAUCGUGGUACGUAUUACGUAUGGGCUCACCUGCAUUAUCCUCUACCUCAUCAGCGUUGUCUCCACUUUCGGGUGAUCCGAUCACAACUACAGAAACAAAUAAAUCAUACCCAUUAGAUUCGGAGCAAUCAUUGUCAGAGUCAGACAAGGCCGAAGAAGACUCAAUAAAUCACUCAAAGAAGAGCAAUAUGAUUUCCAUCAAUGAGAUAUUACAGAAGCAAAUGAACUUCGAGCUACUAGGUGAAAAUCACUUAAAGGAAACUCAAGAUUGUUUGGCUCUUUACAAAAAAGCCAAUGGGAUAGAAUUUUAA